AUGGAGGGAGAUCCGAGAAGUCGUAGUUCUACUUUAAUUACAAAAUAUGAUAUACCCAUUGAGCAUUUAAGCUAUGAAUACGUUGAAAAAUGUACGGAUAAAAAAGAACUUGAAAGAAUAAUUCGGAUUUUAAGGUCCGGCGAAGAAGGAUUUUAUCCUGAUUUAUUAAAGGUAACGGAAGAUCGUCUUCGUUUGUUUGCACCUGAAAGUAGAGUACUUCGUGUAGAAACUCCUAUUUUAACAAAAGAUGCUCUAACUAAAGAAGAAUGGGAAAUUGUUGAAGAUGAUUUGUUUUCUUGGGAAGAAGAAAUGAAAGUUAUUGAUAAAAGUUUAGAUUUUGAAAAAAGUAGAAUUGAUGUUGUCGGAAAUAAAAACAUGCCCACUGUUAGAAAAAAAAAAAGUUUAUUACAAAUAGUAAAAAUGAAAGAAUUAGAUUCUUACUCAUCGAUGGAACAAUCAGUUUUAGCAAAUCAAGCCAAAGAUAGAGGAAAUGAAUGCUUUAAAUCUGGAGAUUACAAUAAUGCUUUGAAAUAUUAUGAACUUAGCAUAAAAUUACAUGCCACAUCAAAUGCCUUCAAUAAUCGAGCCAUGACAUAUUUAAAAUUAAAGCAAUAUGAUAAAGUUAUAAGUGAUUGUACUGUAGUUUUACGUAAUGAAAAAAAUAAUGUUAAAGCCCUUCACAGGAGAGCUACAGCAUAUCAGGAAUUAGCAACAGAAGAUAAUAAUUACAAUCAGCUCGCUUUAGAAGAUUUAAACAAUAUUAUAACCGUAGAACCGAAUAACAAAAUAGCUCAAGCGGAUUUUCAAAAAUUAAAACAAAAAUUAAAAAUAAAAGAUUUGGGUAAAAUGUUUAGAAUGCCUAUUUUCGAAAGAAUUGUGUCAUUGAAAAAUCAAAAAAUGUACAACGAAAAUAUUAAUAAAUUGCCUCUGACUUAUUACGGUCCAUCAACUUCAACGUUUCAGUGCGAACCCUAUAGUUUUACUCACCGAGCUCUCUUGGGAUCAUUUUUGUCAAACGAAAUCAUGUGCAAAUGUAACAGCAAUAGAGAAAAGCAAAAUCCAUUGUGCCAAAAAUGUGGAGAAGCCAUGUGCACUCCGAAACCGUCGAAAUCUAAAAAAAACACGCAAAUAAAAACAAUUAAAGAAUCGUUUAAAAAUACAAAGGAAAUGUUAAAUUCUAAAAAUAAUGAAAAAAUUACCGACGAUGAAAAUGAUAAAAACGUUGAAUCCGCACGCGAAGUCUCGGAUUCCAAAGCUACGAAAGAAAUUAGCAAUAAGAAUACAAUUAUUUCAUCAAUAGACAAUACCAAUAAAUCAUUCAUAGGCGCCGGAGAUGGUGUAAAUUCGGAGAAAAAUCGUUUAAACGCAAUAAUAAAAGAUGAAAUGAUUUCAACGGAUGACGUAGAAUGUAAAAAAAAAAUAACGGAGAAUAAAUGUACGUUUAAAAUAAGCGAACUGAACGAAACGGAUGAGUGCAAUAUAGACAAAGUUGUUGUGGGGAUAUGCGAAUCCGCAGAUAAACCGGAAAAGAAAACAAAAGAGGAAAACGAAUUGAUUGAAGUAACCUGCGGUGGUGGUAGUGGUGGUAGUAGUAGUAGUAACAACAACAGCGUCAAAGAAAACGAAAACGAUUCUAGUCAAAAUGAUAAGAAAAAUAAUAAUACUUUGCAAAAAUCAAAAUCUAAAAAAAAGAAAUCGAAAGAUCGUAAGAAAAAGGAAAAAAAAGUAAGAACGCCUUUCGAACGUUUCGAACCUUUGAAAGUCGUACACGCGGAAAAAUACAUACAUCCGACGAGCGUCGAACCUAAAAUCAAAACGGAAAAUGAAAAUAAAUCAUCAUCUCAGGUUAAAUUGAAUCAAUCGGGAAAUAAUCAAUUUAAAGCUUUCGUACCUAACAGACGAUGUUUGAGCACUCAAUCCAACGAUUCAACGGGAUCUUAUUUGGUCAAAUCCCUGUCGAAAAAAAAUAUUCAAACGAAUGAUGGCGGCGUCAAAUUGCUAGAAGAAGAAAUCAGCAGCAGGUUUUCGAACGAGGGAAACAAGGAAAACUGUUUGAAAAACGCGUCGAAUGUUAACGUUAACGAUAAUAUCGAUAAAAUCAAUUCGAGAAUCGAAAUAAAAAAAGAGAUAAUCGAUUCGGCGUUCGAGUUUGUUAAAACGUGGGAAGAAGUUAAAAAAUUCGAUCCCUCCUACUCCAAACGAGCGGAAAUAAUACGUUUGAUAAAACCUGGAGAUUUAGGAAAAGUCAUCGGUAUAAAACUCGAUUCGGACAUGUUGAGUUCUUUGUUAGAAUGCCUGGAAAAACAUUUCGUCGAAACCGAGCCGAAAAUAGUCGUUGAAUUUUUAAAACAGUUACCGGAAAUCCCACGUUUUGGUCUCAUUAAAAUGUUUUUAGCCGAAGCCGAUAAAAAAAUUUUAAGAAAUUUAAUUGAUGCCGCCGAGGGCAAAGGUUACGUACUCGAAGAAAACGUUAAAAAACAAUUGGCAUCGACGAAAGAAGAACAACAAAAGGAAGGAAAAAAAAAACAAAAUGGAUUCCGUUCAUUGUGA